AUGGCAACUUCUCUACACGCCUUGCGACAGAGACUGCCAUCAGACCCUGUAGCUCUCGGGAAGAAGGUCGAUGCAUUUUCAGAGCGUAUGCGUUUCAGGUUGUGGCUCCUUACUGGACAUCGAGAAAUGCCUCUAUAUCCACAGCCCGGGGGUGAGCUUCCGUUCUCCAAGGGCACAACUACAACUAGUUUAGUUGUGUUGAUGGCUGAGCCACACUUUGUCUGGUGUUUACCAACGUGGGCCGUGCUGAUGGAUCUGCACUAG